AUGGAGGGCGUACAUUCAACACUGAGGAAACGACAGAGCGAGAGUCCGUCCCUAGCGCCGGGCGUGGACAGGCCAGCUGUUGAUCUGUCGGCAGCAGCCACAACCAAAGAAGAGUCCUUCACUGCGACUCCUUUGUCCACCACCUCGAUCACCCCCAUCCUUACCAUGGAUCUCGACUUCAACGCUGACCCCGACGUCAAGCUUCAGGAUGACACCCUGCCUUCGCCAUCCCAAUCGCCCACCCUAGUGGCAGACGUUUCCGGCCAAAAUUGCAAGAUGUCGCCGUCUCCCACCCCUCCGCCUCCAGUGAUGACGGACGAUGGCAGCACCUCCAAAUCAUCCACCCCACCUCUCGCAAUACCGGGUCGAGGCGCCCGUAAGGUUGCUCCUGCUCCUGUACAGCUCAUUGGCGACCUUCCAGUUGCCCGUGAGGCUGCCUUGAAGGAGUUCACUGAGAUUUCGGACAAUAACUACCAAUACAAGUCUCUCGGUCGGUCCAGAGAGGUUUUUGAGAGCAUGACCUGCGAUUGCAGUUACAAGCAUGGUGUUGACAAGCCAGAUGUAGCUUGCGGACCCAGCUCAGACUGUAUUAACAGGCUAACGCAGGUCGAAUGCCUUCCGGACGACUGUCGGUGUGAGACAUACUGCCAGAACCAGAGGUUUCAGCGGAAAGAGUAUGCUAACAUCGACAUUGUGCUGACGGAGAAGAAGGGCUAUGGGCUGCGAGCGGAGGGAGAUUUGCCCAAAGACGCCUUCAUAUACGAAUAUGUCGGCGAUGUUGUCAACCCUAUAUCCUUCAAGAAACGCAUGAGAGAGUACGCAGAGGAGGGAAUCCGUCAUUUCUACUUCAUGAUGUUGCAAAAGGAUGAGUUUAUCGAUGCUACGAAGAGCGGUGGUAUUGGCCGUUUUGCAAACCACAGCUGUAAUCCCAAUUGCUACGUCGCGAAAUGGACUGUCGGCGAACAUGUCCGGAUGGGAAUUUUCGCCAAACGUAAUAUCAAGGUGCAUGAGGAGCUGACCUUCAACUAUAACGUCGAUCGUUAUGGACACCAAGCCCAAGAAUGCUUUUGCGGCGAGCCCAUGUGCGUUGGCUACAUCGGUGGCAAGACGCAGACGGACAUUGCUGCGAUGGAUGACCUCACGCUGGAUGCUCUGGGAAUUACGGACGAGGAUGAUCUAAUGGAACUCAAAGGCACAAAGAAGAAGAAAGGAAAGAAGAUCGACGAUCCCGACUUCAUGCCAACCUUGAAAGCUAUCUUGCAAAAGGAGGUUCCGAAGGUUGUCCAAGCGAUUCGGCAAUCGUCUAGCAAGAAGGUCCUGUCGAAGUUGCUUACUCGCAUCAAGAUAACGGAGGACCAAACUGCCCUUAGGGAAAUUAUGCGAUUACGUGGGUACAGCUUGAUGACGAACGUUUUGGAGGACUGGGCUUCCGAUAACGAGCUGGUCACGCUAUGUCUUGAGUGUAUGCAGACCUGGCCGCUGCAGAAUCGCAACAAGGUUCAGGACUCAAAGGUUCAUGUACCAGUUGAGGCCUGUGCUGCGCUCGAGGACGAAAAGAUCAAAUCUUUGGCUCAAAAGCUUCUCGGUCAUUGGGAGUCGUUGCCAGUAUACAAUCGAAUACCUAAGAGAACCUUCAAGCGCGAAGAGUUGGAAUUAGAGACACUAACUAUUGCCCCUGUGGCAUACAUUGUCCCUGCAGAUCCUCGCACGAAGCUGCGUCCGAGGUCUCCGCCACCUACACCACGUCCUCAAAAGAAGCCUCGACAUUCCGAGCCCUAUCCCGCCUCCGGAAGCGGAGGUAGCCGGAUGCUCCUCCUCCCUCCAGAUCAGAUGAGGGCCCUUGAAGCUGCACGGCGGAAGAGGGCGGAGGAGGAGAGGAUUUCCAAGCAGUCCAUCAAGGACAUCAUUGCUUCUGCUGCGGAGGCAGCAGCGGCAGAAGAGGCUGCGGUGGCUGCUGCUGCUGCUGAAGCCAAGGCCAAGGCGGAGGUAGCCGCGGAGAAGGCUGCAAGGAGAAAAGAGCGGGCGCUGAAGAAGGCGACGAUGACGCCGGAGGAGAAGGAGAAGAACAAGGAGAAGAGAUUAUUGAAGCUUGUUGGCGAAGUUGUGGUUAAAUGCAUGUCGAAGCAUUCGAAAACAUUUGAUCGGGACUCUUUCAAGAAGCAUGCUCGCGAGCUGACACAAAUCAUUACCGAUAAGGAGAAGAAGUCUUCAGGCUACCGUGAAGGACGACUAGAAGCACUCUCAGAAGAGAAGGUGGGGAAAAUAAAGAAGUUCGCGAAAGAGUACAUUGCGAAGAUCCUGCGAAAGAUGGAGAAGUCGGGUAAAGGUCACCACCACCACCACCAUCACCGACCUCCAGGUUCGUCUGCUUCUGCAACUGCUUCAACAUCGACUUCAACGCCGUCGGCCAUGGACAACACGCCGUCAACAUCGAUGCACACACCCAAUUCAAACGAUGGAGAGGAUGCACAUAUACAUGACGCAAGCAUGUCAAUGUCUGUCGAGGAGGCGAUGGGGAUGGACUCAGAUUCGGGCAAUGAUGAUGAUCUGGAGGGUGGAGGCGAGGCUGAGGCUGAUCGCGACGAGGAUAUGGCUGGACAGGAGGUGCCGGAUCCACCCUCUGUCUCCGUGAGCAUGCCACCGCCACCGUCACCGCCAAGAUGGAAGGACGCUGUGAAGGACGAGGCACCAAACCAAGAUCCACAUGCCAUGCACACCGACGAUGUGCUGAUCGUGACAGCAUUGUAUCAUCCAGACCCUCGCCUGCGCGCUGUCCCUGACUCGUAA